UCACGUUGGAUGAGAGAAGUUAAAUUGGCGACGAUAGGCUAGCAGUAGAUUUGGAGCGGCUGCUUUCUUUCGUGCGUCCAGCUGAGCGGAGACUCUACUGCUGUAAAUCCAUUCUUGUUGCCCGUUUGGUGCUGGGGGGCUCUCUGUACCAUGCUCCACGCAGAGCGCAGAAACGCGUUCUCUUCCGCAAUCCUCGCGCUGCUGGUGGCCGCCAGGAGCGCGACGGCCAUCUUGCACAAGCAUCUCUCCUUCGUGCCCCCGUUCUUGGACGUGGAUCACUUCGGCAAGCGGACGGUAGGGUUCGAGUGGGACGUGACGGGAGAGGCCAAGGUCAUGCGAAACUUCGUUCGUCUCACUCCGGAUAGACAGAGUAAGAGGGGCGCGGUGUGGUCGGUGGACGCUAUCGGCAACACGGUAUUCUCGUCCGUCUUGGAGUUCCGCUUGUCCGGCAAGGGUGACAGAUUCUUCGGCGACGGCCUGGCAUUGUGGGUGGUGGAGCCGGAGCGUCGGCACGACCUGUACGACAUGCACUACGGAGGCUACUACGACGAUGAUCUGGGAGCAGGCUGGGGCGGAGGCAUGAAGGAUCUUAGAGCAGAUCUCCCUUCCGGAGACUUUCACGGGUUCGUCGAAACCUUCAAGGGUCUGGGGGUGAUCGUCGACACGUACCGGAACGAGGAAUAUUAUAACGCCCACAAAGACUUCACCAUCGUGUACAACACCGGGAACAUGACGCGGGACGAGAUGGUGGAGGCAUCUGUGGGCUGCAACGGUCAGGUCCGCUUCUACGAGAACAGGGCCGACUUCGACCCGGGAUCCGUAUCUUCCCGGGUGAAAGUGGAAGUUGCCGGGAACGUUCUUACGGUCAAGGUAGACCCCAAGAACUCCAAGACUUGGGAGGACUGCGCCCAGCUCGAUCUCCCCAAGGAGCUGGGCGAAGAGUGGGCAAAGGGAGGACACCUUGGUCUCACCGCUAGCACCGGGCAGCUAUCGGACAAUCACGACGUUAUCCGGCUGGAGACGUACGUAAGCUCGGAGGCCGCCGAUAAGGGGGAGGAGAAGCGAGAGACCGCGGUUCCUUCGGGGUUAGAUGCGACUGUUCCUUUUCUGGAGCGCGUGUCCAAUGCAGAAAACGUGAUGAACGCGAUGCUGGUCAAGAUGGAGCUGAUGGAUGUCAAGCAGGAGCACAACGUGGCGAAAGUGGAGGAGCACGUGCAGGAGCUGUUCGAAAAGACGUCGAAGAACGAAAAGGGUUUGAUGGAUAGCAUGGAGGUGCUCGAGAGAAAGGUUCGAGAAUUGGAAAUCAAGAUCAAGCGGCAGCUAGAGAGUAGCCUGGAGACGGGCAUAGGGGAGGCUCACGCGGCGGCAAGAGGGUGGAGAUUACCGUUCUUCGUGCUCCUGGCGGGUGUCACGGGAGGCGCUUUAGCCACCUACAGGGUUUACCGAACCCUGCGAAAGUCGCAUUUCUUGUGA